AUGAUCUUAAAGGUCCCUUCCAACCCAAACCAUACUGUGACUCUGUGAUAGAAUGUUUUGAUAGAACAGUUGAUGUUCACUGUAGUUUGAGAGCACGCAAUCUGUUAUUGUUCUGGGUUGCCUUCAUUCAUGGCAGUCAUUCUGGUGUAGCAACAUAGAGAGGAUACAAAAGGAACGCUGAUGUUGAAGAUUUAACUUAUUGAUAUGGAUCACGUGGUAGUCAUUAUGCCCUCUGCAAGCUAUUCCUGGAAGGAAUUGGAGUAUAAUGGAAAGUGCUACCUGUUCUGUGAUCUCUACACUAAAAGAUACUGCGAGGAACAAUUUGAGGAUAUACCUUCAGAGCCACCCAAUUAUCUGUCCUGAUGACCUGUUCGUUCUUUUGGAAUAUGCUAGAACAUCCUGGGUGUGUUGCACACUAGCCUUUGAAGUGGAGGCUGUCACAAAUAGGUAUUGGAAAACCUGGAGAAGUAUGAUGCUGUUCCAAUCCAGUCUAGUGUGGUGUUAUGUUCCUGUCCAUCCCCAUCAAUGGUGAGGAACCAAGCAGAUUCCAGCACUCCAUCUGUCAUUUCCACCUGUGGCAGCAGACAGGGAUCUAACAUGGAGGGCACCGCAGCUGAAUCAAGAUCUAGUUCAAACUCCUUGCAGCAACAUACAGGACAGCAGCCUCCACAGCCUCGGAAGAAACGACCUGAUGACUUUAAAUUUGGGAAAAUUCUGGGUGAAGGAUCUUUUUCAACGGUUGUGUUGGCUCGAGAAUUGACAAGUUCUAGAGAAUAUGCUAUUAAAAUUCUAGAAAAGCGUCAUAUCAUAAAAGAAAACAAGGUGCCAUACGUGACACGAGAGAGAGAUGUAAUGUCCCGUCUGGAUCAUCCUUUUUUUGUGAAACUCUACUUCACCUUUCAGGAUGAUGAAAAGCUGUAUUUUGGGCUUAGCUAUGCCAAAAACGGCGAGCUGCUAAAGUAUAUACGCAAAAUUGGCUCAUUUGAUGAGACCUGUACCAGGUUUUAUACUGCUGAAAUCGUAUCAGCCCUGGAGUAUUUGCAUGGGAAAGGAAUUAUUCACAGGGACCUAAAGCCAGAGAACAUCUUGCUAAAUGAAGAUAUGCACAUUCAAAUAACAGACUUUGGAACAGCAAAAGUAUUAUCUGCAGAUAGCAGACAAGCACGGGCAAAUUCAUUUGUAGGGACAGCACAGUAUGUUUCUCCAGAACUGCUGACAGAAAAAUCUGCCUGUAAAAGCUCUGACCUCUGGGCUCUGGGAUGUAUAAUAUAUCAGCUUGUAGCUGGAUUGCCUCCUUUCAGAGCUGGAAAUGAGUAUCUGAUAUUCCAGAAGAUAAUAAAGUUGGAAUAUGACUUUCCAGAAAAAUUUUUUCCCAAGGCAAAAGACCUUGUAGAAAAGCUAUUGGUUCUAGAUGCUACCAAAAGAUUAGGCUGUGAAGAAAUGGGAGGAUAUGGACCUCUUAAGGCUCACCCUUUCUUUGAAUCCAUUGUGUGGGAGAACCUACAUCUUCAAACACCCCCGAAACUUACAGCAUACUUACCUGCUAUGUCAGAGGAUGAUGAAGACUGUUAUGGAAAUUAUGACAAUCUCCUCAGCCAGUUUGGUUGUAUGCAAGUUUCUGGUUCUGCCUCUUCACACUCACUGUCUGUCCCAGAGACAAGUACCCCACAGACAUCAGGAGGCAACAUUGAACAGUAUAUUCAUGAUCUUGACAACAAUUCCUUUGAGCUGGACUUACAGUUUUCUGAAGAUGAAAAGAGGUUACUUCUGGCAAAACAAGCUGGUGGAAAUCCUUGGCAUCAGUUUGUAGAAAAUAACUUAAUCCUAAAAAUGGGCCCCGUGGACAAAAGAAAGGGAUUGUUUGCACGUCGACGUCAAUUGCUCCUCACAGAAGGGCCCCACUUGUAUUACGUGGAUCCUGUCAACAAAGUUCUAAAAGGAGAAAUCCCCUGGUCUUUGGAGUUGCGGCCGGAAGCCAAGAAUUUUAAGACAUUUUUUGUUCAUACACCAAACAGGACAUACUACCUGAUGGACCCGAGUGGGAACGCUCAUAAAUGGUGCAAAAAGAUACAAGAAGUGUGGCGGCACAGAUACCACCAGAAUGCUGCUAAAUAGUAAAGCUCAUCCAAAAUCUCCCAGUUUCUCUUCUUGCUGCUAGAACUUGAUGUGCAGCUGAUCAGAGGAAUCUUUCCAACCCAUCUAUUACCAUCUCAAGGGGAAGCAUAUGUCUGAAAUGUUCUGUUUUUAAAAAAGAAAAAAGGAAAAAAAAAGGCAAAAACCGAAUGGAAUUCAGGGUCGCUUUGCUCGCUCUUUGUGCUUCUGUUGAGGCUUCCACAUGCGUAUCAUUGCAGUGAAGAUCUUGCUUUUGUGCACUUCAACUCAAUUUCUGCAGCAGACUAGUGGAUAGACAUUGCAUUACCAGCUACACUUAAGAUGAGUUAAAACCAAUCCACACGCACACACCCUGAAUCAUGUACCAGCCUUGCGUUUUAUGGGGCUGGAGUUUUCUGUGACUUUCACAUUAUCAUUGAUCUGUAUUUCAUCAGGGAGCUUUUAUAUGCCUCUCCUAAGCACCACUUCUUUUUCUUUUUUUUUUUUUUUCCCUUUUCCUUUCCUCACAGUCCCUGAGCUUAUUGGUGUAUGACAUUUGUAGCCAGGUCAGUUGCACCCUUGUGUAAUUCCUAAUAUAGUUCUGGUUGCAGGAUUUACGUGGUACUUAAAUAAUUAUGUGAAUGAAUCAGAUGUAUGUGUCUGGCAGAUGGGCUCCAGUGAUAGAGGUUGUGAGAGUAAAAUGCUGAACAUGGCACUGAAAAUUUUCUAAAAUUGAAAUGUUGGCUUCUGAAGCAUAUGAAGUUUUAAACGUUCAGUUUAAAUUUUAAUAUGAAUUGUGUGUUUAAUCAAGAGACAAUAAACUUAGCAGCAUGCUUUUAACUAAUACUAACUAAAAAAUUAAUUAGUUAGUAUGGAGGACAAAAACAACAUUACUAUUGAAGUAGUAAGUAGUUUUUCUCCUUUCCGGGAGAUGAGGGCUAGAAGCUUUCUUUACAGGGUGUGCAUGUUUUGUGCAUUUUAGUGGGGCCAACCUAUUUACCUGGAUAGAGAAGAAAGUGUGAAAGCUUUGUACAAUUAUUUGAUUUUUGUUUGUUUCAUUGCAUAAUGAGGUGUACAAACAGUCCUAUUUUUGGUCUUUGGCCUAAUAUUUAAGACCUUUUAGAAACUCUGAAUUGCUCAAAUUUCUUUCAAAAAUUAGAUCCGUACUGUAAUCUGGUUUAAAAAAAAAAAAAUGUUGAUACAAUCGGGAAAACAUAUGGUACUUGAGGCAUAUCUUUAAAAUGAGUUUUUUAUAUCAAUCUCCUUUUAUCCUUUUCAGUAUAAGGCUUUUUUGUGGUCAAACAUUUCCUGUAAUGUUACAAAGACUUUAUGUGGUAAAAACAACUUCCCUAAUGGUAUUUUCAACGUGUCUGUAUUCCUGAACCUUGUGGAGGGAUGAUAGGUCUGAACAAAGGCAUUCCUUCCCUGUUUUGAAAGUGGUAUAAACAUCACACCUAUUUAUUCACCAUCUACACAUCCCAUCUUUUUGCGUGUUGAGGUCUCCAUGAUGUGCUUUUCCUUCUAUCAAAUAAAUAAAUAUUCCACUGCAAUGUUAAAAGGACAAAUGUGCUACUGUUCUAAAAGCAAUAUCUUAAAAGCAGCGGCUCAUCAGACUGUCUCAGAAAAUACCUAAUUGUAAGGGUUUCUUUUUGUUAAGAGAUAUAUUAUUCAUCUUUUUGGGGGGGAGAAAAAAAAAAGGCCAACGAAAAACUGGUUUUACAUGUUUGAAUUCAGUGACAGUUCAGUUCUUCCAACAUUUUUCAUCCUUUCCAAGGAGAGAGUGCAGUGGCCUUUUCUUAUGGAGGAAAUAUAUUCUUUUCUUCUGUUAGCCCACCAUAUAUGCAUAUGUGACAAAAGUAAAUCAGGAGCUUACAGUGCAUGGUGGUGAGGAAGCUAAGGUGUCCUGCAGAAGCGGCUGUGAUGAGAAAAAUAGAAGUGUUCUCUUUGUAUUGUAAGGAAUUUCGCCACAUAAAGCACACUCCUUGCCACUGAAAUUUGAAUAGCAUAGUAUACCUUCCAUCUGUGCCUGUAAUUAAUCCCGUAUUAGCUAUCUUAAGCAAGAUGGUGUUGUGAAUUUACGGUUGUGCACUGUCAUUCUGCAGCUGUCAAAUUCCAGCUACGUUGGGUGAACUCAAGACAGCUGUAAAGCUUUGGAUUUAAUUGUAGAGAUGUAGACUUCAAACAAGUGAGUCUGGCAGUGAUGGAGCUUUGUUGCGUUCUUUGUGAUGAAGCUCAUACAAGAAGUCUGGCAGAGUUAUUCUGCUAAUUAAGCAAAAUCCAUAGCUUCAGUAAGAGCUAGGUUGGGGCUGCCCUUGGCCUUUUCCCUUUUGCUGACUAGAUGGAAAUCUGGAAAUGCUUCAACAAGUAACAAUCAGACUUGCAGUCAUCUUGCUGUUUAAAGACAAAAAAAAAAAAAAAUCUUUUUCAUACCUUGAAAAUUCUGUCAGUAUCCUUCAUUCCUGCCUACCCAAACCUUUCAGCCAAAGAAAUAUGGUUAACAGUAGCCUGCAAAAUUAGUCUGUAAGAUGGAUGUCUGCAUUCUAGUGUACUUGAUGACAGUGUUGUCAUUAGGAAACUGUGAGCCUCUCUUAAAGGCAUCCAUCCCUACCCUUACAACUUCAAUAUUCCAAAUCAAGUAUUCCUCAGCUGCUGCUUUUAAGCAAAACCUAUGACUUUGAAAGACAAAAGCAACCAUGUGGAUUGAAGUAUGCUUUACCAGUUUGUUCACUUACAUGUGUACUGGAAUAUGCUGCAUACUAUGAAGGGUCAGUUCCUGUUUUAGAUGCGUGUACCUGAAGCAGGGCAGUUUCAAGUCUUUGUCUCAAAGAUGACUGCUGUGUCUCAUGGGAGUUCACAGAAUGAAAGGUACAAGGGAGAUUGGUCAGAGCUGCAGAGAAGCCAGGUGAUUUCUCUGCUCUUUAACCAAGUUCUUUCAGAGCACAGAGAUGGGUUGCUGGACACUUGAAAGCUUCAGAAUCCUUAUUGCAAUCCUACUGAAAACCCAGUCUGUUUGAGUUCCGCCUUUUGCAUUUUGAAUAAUGACUGAUCAUUUAUGAAGAUACUGGUCAAUAAUGUUUUAAUUAGUUUUGCUUGGGAUUUGAACUUCAAGAUGUGUUUAUAGCCUCUGUUUUCUGUUGGGCAGAGCUUAAGGCUGAAGUACUACUGCUGGGAAGGAUUAUUGAGUUGCAUAAUUACCUAGUGUCCAGCCCUAUCACAGAAAGUUCAACAUUGCCGUAAUAAACUGAGAGAUGGCUUUGUUCCCAUUGGCCUUAAGUCUGGUUUUGAAAAGGAUUUAUAUUCUGAAAGACUUGCUUCACAUGUGCUGCUGAGGCAGACUGAUGCCCAUUAUUAAUAUCUCAUGUGCUAAGUCCUCAUGUGAAACACGUCAAGGUAUCAGAUAGGACUGUGGUCCACUUAUUUUUCUAGAAUGAUUUAUUUGUGAAGUAUCUGCUAUAUAUAAUCCUGGGGAGGGGUGGGGAGGAGAAGCGCUGUAGAUUGAAUCAAAGAUGUGAUAAUUCUAAUCCACUUUCAUAGUGGAUGCUUAAUUAAAUAUGCUUGAUGUCAUUGUGGACAAAAAAAAAAAACAAACCACAUUUGAUUUCAGCACUCUGUUGGGGAGAUCACUUGUGUGGUGGUAGUUGCCUAAAGAUAUGGUGUGUGGAUUCUGAUUGUCCUUUCUACUGUAUGGAAUUACAUGAAUAGGUGUGGUAUUUAUAUCUGAAGUUUUGCUGAAUGCCUGUAAUACUUUAUGCAAACAUUUUAUUAAUGAAAUGGAAGGAAGUGCUACUACAAAGCUUCGUGAUGCAAAUUGCCUGUCAGUUGAUCAAGUGAGUUUACAGACAAGUAAUUCUCCAUUCCAGAUUGGCGUAUUUUCAGUUUAAGAUGGGUAAAUUCAGAAUUGUUUCCUCUUUAAAUUACUUUUAUACAGCAAAUAAUUGGAGAAGUGAUAAGCACCCAAGGACUCGGUCUGCCUGUUGGCAUGGCAGGGAAUGCAGGUGGCUGCGAUUUGACAAAGCUUCCUUUGACCAUGUACUAACUCUGGAUGUGGCAGUUGUUCUAAAUUGUGGCAGAACAUGUAAUUACUGUAUCUGACAAAAGAAACGAAUAGGAACCAGGAACCAUAAUCUGUCUGGAUAGUUGUACACUAGCUGUUCUUCAGGUUGUUGACGGUCAGUUGUGUGUAAUAUUCUCUACCUGGUUUGUAGCUGUAACUGUGAUGUACAGAUAAAGGAAAAAACAAAAACUCGCACAAAACAAUCCCCCCUCCCCCAAGAACUUACGAAAACAGAAGCAAAUAAUGCAAUGAUAUGAUACACACUUUUGUAUUUUUAUUCUUAUAAGGUUAUUUGCUGGCUUUUGUUGGCCUCUAGUUCAGUCUGUGUUAUUUAAAUUCUAAUAUAUGAAUUAUUUGGAUUGAAUUCAUGUUCGGGGCCAUGGUGUUGUAUGUAUUGAUGUACAGCCUUGAAUGUGAAUAAUUAUUGUAAACUAUAUUUUACACCUUUUUUUCUGGCUUUAUUAUAUAAAUUUUCUAUUGGUCAAUGAUUUAAUCAUAUCUCAUAAUUUAAUAACUGCUUAUACUCCUUCCGACAGAUCUCUGUGCUGUAGAUGUGUAGCUAGUGACCGGAUGAUGGAUUUCACUUAUGCUCGGUAGUCUGUAAUAAAGGCAUGUAGGGUCCUGG